UGUUCUUAGAAGGUCGUUUGUUUGUGUGAAGAUUGCUUAUCUGGGAUCUCUCCUUCUCUCUCUAAAAAAACUCUCUCUCUCUCUCUCUCUCUCUCUCUCAAAGAGACUUUCUUUCUCUCUCUCAGAGACUGGCCCAGCAGAUCGAAAUCUCCUUCUUUUCUUCCAGUUGGUGACAAUCUAAGCUUCUUGAAAUGGUGUUAUACAAUACCCACUUCGAGUUCCCUUGGAUUUCUUAAGCUUUCUCCUCCUCCUCCUCCUUUCCCCCUCUUUUUUGGCCUUCUAAUGCCAAUCUGCGACACUCAAUUUCCAUGAUUCUUACUUAUCGGAUAUGGGAGUUACUCUUUAAUAACUGAAUCCAUGGGGGCUUCCUGAUUGCAGGAUGUGGGUCUGAGGCAGUGGAUCUUCAUCGGAUUGAGUUGAGAUUUUGGAGGAUUGUUCCAAUCACUGUAUGUAGGUUUUGUAUGGUCGAUUCAUACAGUGGAGGUCUCUGCACAGGUUUCUGUGACAUCAUUAAUCUUCUGGCCAUUUAGGAAUGGGAACAAAACUGCACAGCAAAAGCUACCUGCCUGGAUAUUACUCCAUGAGGAAUCUUAACGAGGAUUCAAGUAGCAGUAACUGGCCCCUAUGUGGAGGCAAAACCUUAGGGAAUGGACAAUGCUACAAUGGUUUCUUGCCUAGGAACAUCACAAGCACAUAUCCAGGGGGUGAUAAGGAUGCACUAAAGCAGAAAAUGCUUGAGCAUGAGGCAGUAUUCAAGCAACAGGUGCUUGAACUCCACCGCCUGUACAAGGUGCAGAGAGAGAUGAUGGAUGAAAUUAAAAUGAAAGAACUAUACAAGCAUCAGAUACAAAUAGAGACAUCAUCAUCUUCAAUCCCAAUGUUGUCUAAAAUACCAUCUGAAGAUGUUUGGAAAUGGCAUAAAACAAGCUUCCCUUUAACAAACUCGGUUUCUGCUAGGCCAUCUGUUUCUGGUGCAGAGAUCAUUAGUUCUCCCCCUAGUUGUUCAAAGGGGAACAACACACAAACUGGUCAGCUUCCAUCUCAUAACGGAUGCAGUUCAAUGGAUUGUGAGAUAUUGGAGACUAGACCCUCAAAGGUUAGGAAAAAGUUGUUUGAUCUUCAACUCCCAGCUGACGUGUAUCUUGAUACAGAAGGGGAACAGUCCCCAGAGAAUAGAAUGUCUGACGUUUCAAGUUAUCACAGAAGUAGAAAUCAUAAGAUGGCUUCUGAAAGCAGUGUAAAGUUGUGUCUUGGAGAAAGUGCAAAGACCAACUGUGAUGGGGAUGCUUCAAGAUCUGGUUCAUGUUAUAGGGACUCUGUUGGGUUGGCUGAUUUGAAUGAGCCCAUUCAGUUUGAAGAACCGACUCGUCCCACCUCCAUUGAUUUUUUGGAUCCUGCUGCCUGUCAUGCAGAAACUGAAAACCUGGAUAAAGCUGCUAAAUCGAAGUCACAGUUUCUUCUAGGUUUGCCCAAAGAAAUUUUGCAGAACUCCCAACAAGGAAGCAAUAGUGGGACUUGCAGUUAUCCACAUGUUGAGAAUAGAGGAAAUGGAAGAGAGUGGUUGUUUAAUAUGCCUGAAGCAGGACAUAGUAAAACCCAUCUAAAUUCUAUUUCUCAAGGUUCCCAGCCACAUAACUCACUUAUGUCUUCCCAGCCCGCGCAUCCUACACUUAACAAGCUUCAUCAACCUCUAGGGACUCUUCCAUCUGAUCAUAGAAGGCGAGAGCUAUGGAGUGAGGGAACAGUUAAUGGUCUAGAGCUCUCUGAAAGCAGUCAUGAUCACUCUACUUUUAACCAUCUGGAACCAGUUUUGGCUUCCCAUUUACCCAAUGCCUAUCCAAUGGUUCAUGCCUCUGAUUUUGACAAUGCUUGGCCCCAUAUCUCAACAUGGGGAAAGCCAAGUCGGUGCUUGGGGCAGAAAUUUGCAUCAAUUCAACAACACUCAUCUCUACAUUCACUUGGUACCUCGAGUAGGACUUCUCAAUUAUCUGGUCAACGUCAUGAGAUUUUUGUGGAUAAAUGCCUUCUUAAUAGCAGUUCUGGGUCAAAGCCUGGCUUCAGAAGUGUUCUACCUAAUGGUAACAGGUUUUACCAUGGAUCAUCAUCCAGUUUGAAGGAUGCACCACCUUCUUUCCCUUCAGCAGGUUUUGAUUAUUUCAGUUGCAGUAAGGAUGAUAUGGUGGCUUCUGAACGCUCAACUAAUUAUGGUCCUGGAAGAAUAUUAAAGUGCCCUAAUCUUGUAGAUGUGAAGCCAGCAAAAGAGAUGAACUUGAACAUUGGCCUGUCAAAAUGUUCACCAAAUGAGGUGGUUACCCAUCAAGGCCUAGAGAUCAUAGAUGAUGAAGAGCCUUUCAAAAUUUUGCCUUGGCUUAGAGCUAAGCCUGCUACUAAGAAUGAACAUACAAGCAUAGGGAGGGAUUCAAAUUCCUCGGGACCAAGUUUCUUGCGAGCUGUUUCUAAUCAGUUGUCAGAAAAAAUUGACAUUGUGAAAGGUCCUAAUCAACUUUUAACCCAGAAAAUGACAUCAGCUUCAUGUGAUUAUGAGGUCCAGAUGAAGCGGAAUGAGGUAGGUGACUGCUUAGUUAACAGGAAGAUCCUUGGGUUUCCCAUCUUUGACAAUCCUUGUAAUCCUAAGAAUGAGUCGUCUUCUCUCCUCUCAACAUCUGCUUCCCUUCGAUGCCCGGCUCAAGGUGAAGACAUCAAAUAUGAAAGCAAAAAUGGAGUAAUUGAUAUAAAUUUGGCUUGUGAUCCUGAGUCUGGCUCACAGAUUGCUGAAGAAGAACUGGUUGUGGAGAAUGACAGGGAUAAAAAAUCUUCCAAUUUCAGAAAUAUUGAUUUGAACUCUUGUGUGAGUGAGGAUGAAGUUACGGUAGCACCCUCUGUUGCAAGCACCAUUACCAACAUGAAGAUUGCGGUGGAGAUAGAUCUUGAAGCCCCUGCAGUACCAGAGACUGCAGAAGACAUUUUACUAGUGGAACAUCAGAAGCACAAUGAGGUGCCUAUGAGAUCGCCUCAGCACAAAGCUGAGCAGCCCCAGGAUGAAAAUGUCAGGACUGCAGCUCAGGCUAUAGUUACGAUCUCGUCCUCCAGUCAUCUCAGUCAUGUGGAGAUUACCACUUGCCACUCACUUGAAGCUCCUGCAUCAGAUCCUCUCCUAUGGUUUGUUGAGAUAGUUUCUUCUUGGGUUGGUGAUCUUGACAAGAAGUCUGGGACUGAAUCAAAAGGCAAAGAUGGUGGAGACAAUGAGGUAUCUUCCUCUGAUGAGAUUGAUUAUUUUGAGGCCGUGACAUUGAAGCUAACAGAGAUCAAGGAAGAAGAAUAUAUGCCAAAGCCUCUGGUUCCUGAAAACCUACAAGUGGAAGAAAUAGGAACGAUUUCGUUACCAAAUCGAACCCGUAAGGGCCCUGCAAGGAGGGGGAGACAGCGAAGGGACUUUCAAAGGGACAUCCUUCCAGGGCUGGCUUCUUUGUCAAGGCAUGAGGUAACAGAGGAUCUUCAGACAUUUGGGGGACUGAUGAGAGCCACAGGCCAUCCAUGGCAGUCGGGAUUGAUGAGAAGGAACGGCACCAGGAACGGGGGUGCCAGGGGAAGGCGGAGGGCAGUGGUUGACCCCGCCCCUGCUGUGGCACCAAGCACAGUGUGUACACCACUGAUGGAGCAACUUAAUAACAUUGAAGCUAGAUUGGAGGAUAGAAGCCUGGCAGGGUGGGGAAAGACACCUCGAAGACCCCGCCGCCAACGAUGCCCUGCAGGUAAUCUUCCCUUGGUCACUUUAACCUAAUUGUGGGAUAAAACUCUGAUUUAAGAGUCAAGAACUUCAGAUAGGGAGAUGGGGAGCUGUGUUAUGGCUUUUUGAAGUGAGUUUGGUGUUAGUUAUAUGGGGGAUUGCCUUUUGUACAUGUCAUCUUAGCCCAUAAUUUAGGGCCCCUUGAUUCUCUCUCUUUCUCUCUCUCUUGAGUUACCCAACUCCCAAAUAAUGUUGCGUGAUCUCUUCUGGGAUAUAUACAGAAAAACACUCCUUCGGAAGCUUGCUCAAAACUGCUUUGGAGUUGUGUUCUCUGGAGUUAUUUCUUUCUUAUUGUAAUUUCAGAUGGAAAUCUAUUUUGUCUGUUUGUCAAAUUAAUUCAUUGGACUGGAGGAGCAACUCUUGUCCUGGA